AUGUUGUUAAGGACAGUGCUGGCAAAGAACACGACCUUGAAUGCAGGGAGAUGGAAGACUUACCCAGGUGAAGUAGUAGAACAAGAAGAUGGAUUUGAUCAUCAUAAAAGCAAUUCUUGCAAGAGGGUUAUACCACUGCGUGUUCCAUUUCUGGAGAACCUUUUCCCUCUUGUCAAGCGAGAUGUCAGAGAAUUUGAGAAGAAAGGGCCAACUCUUCUUGUCGAGACAGACAAACCCGCAAAGCAGCAACGUCCCCAAUUUGAAUGGUCCCGAAUCCUGAUGCUUAUACAUUCCUCUAGAGCCCUUUGUUACUUGAAGAAAUUAGAUGGUUUCAUCUUCAAAAUUCUAGAUAUAGAAAUUGUAAAGAAGAAAGGUAACCUCAUCAGGUUGAACAUGGGACCCAGAAGAAGACUUGAAGAAAGAUAAGAGGGCAUCGUUGCGUAAAACCUUCAACUUCAUCUCAAGAUCUAAGCUCUGUAACGGCACAGGAGGCAUAAUAGCCUCACAAAUGGCAGAGAGAGCUUGGAGAUCAGAUUGUGAGAAGCCAUGGGUGUACCUUUCUUGUUUCACACUCCAUCUCAACAAAGGGCUCCCUCUCUUCUCUACUCUUCUUCCUCCUCCUGUCAUCUCUCUCUCUACUCGCUGGCUGCUUUCAGAUUCAAGGCGGUUCCUUAUGUGUUUUGGAUCCCAAAAAGAAGAAGGUAAGGAGUUUGUUUCUUUUUUGAGUUUUUAGAUGAUUUUUGUAAUAGUGAUAAAACCACAAUACGCAAUAUAAAUGUGUAUUUGGUAUGUAUAUUUGUAUUAUUUAUUUGUGUGGGUAUACGAAUGAAUACGAAUGUGUUUCUUCAGGUGUGUGAUACGACAGGGGUCCACGUGACAAAAGCUACCUUGUACAUAUGUUACAGGUGUUUCUUGAGAUCACCCAAAAGUUGUAUGAUACUAUUCCACUAACAUAUGUUAUAUGUAGCUCUAGUCUAUAAAUAAAUAUUUGUUUUCUCUGAGUAUUAUUUAUUAUUUAUACAGUUUCAGUUGCCAAGAAUUGUUUUUUCUUUUCGUUCUACUGUGUUUAGAACAGAAAUCUUUACUUUAAUAUUUCCUUUUGGAUAUUAAACAACAAUGUUUCCAUCAAAGCAGAUUAUAAG